CACGAAGAUUAAUACACAUCUGCAUGCGCUCGAACCAAUUUUUGAAGCACUUAUUUCACUCGUUUGCUGGCAGAUCCAAAACGGCAUUUUUGAAUGCGUCAACUGCUUCUUCUGGUGACUGGAACCUUUGGCCACGCAGUCUGUUUUUAAUUUUCGGGAAAGUAAAGAAAUCGUUAGGACUUAGAUCGGGACUAUAUGGAGGAUGGUCCAAUAAUUCCACGUUUUCUUCCGUUAAAUACUGCCUUGUUGCAUUGUCUUAGUGGAGGAUGAUUCUUCUUUCGGGGUUGAUUUUUCGAAGCUCGGUGAUGACUUUUGGCAAACAAAUGGUGGUAUACCAAUCCGCAGUAACAGUUCUUUGCUCAUUAAGAGGAAUUGAUGCAAUAUGACCCGCUUUUGACACAAAUGUCGCGACCAUCUUUUUUGAAACACUUC